AUGCGUCUGUUUAUAUUAGGAACAAGUCUUCGUAUAAUGACGAAUUUUUUAGAUGCGUGUUUCCGCACAGAUGUAACAGUAAAGGCAGUUUAAAACAUGUGUAUGUGUUUGGUGUAUCAAGGAUUGGACGAUUCAUUUUCGCUGGAACUUGUAGAAUGCUGUCAGGUUAGAUGAAGCGUUGACCAGUCUACAAAGAAGUAGGAAGCUAUCGCUGACAUCUCACAGUAAUUGAAUCGAACGCUGUUUCGUCACCAAGAAAACCCGAUUGGCUGUUAUCGGCCGGUCUGAGAUCGUCACUGUCCGGACGUCACUUUCUCUUUCUCCGUCAGCAGACACGUGUACGUCUAUUCCACGCUGUGAUCACACCGAUACAAUGUCGACUAAAUUCCUCCAGUAAUUGAAGCGCACACCAGCCGUCAACUUUGACAUUAUAAAAAUCACGAAAGCGUUCACUGAUACCGCAAACACAGUGCUGAUUUAUAGAAUGUUCGGAAGCUAUUAGGUCUUGGAUGUAGAGUGGUUUUAAUACACUGUUCUAGAAACAGACGGAAUCAUGGUUCAGAGUACUAGGUACAUAUCUGCUACAUCAGUUCCUAGAUGGGAUUCUGUGGUUUUGAGCACAGUUAAGCUAAGGCGAGUUUGAAUAUUAAAAUUGGAUUUAAAAUACGUCAAAGAUUAUACGUCAUUAUGUAUAAAAAUAACACGGGACUUGUUGACAUAUUACUGUAAUGUUUAUCUAUGAAGUCAUCUGGUAACUGUUAUGAAAGUGGCGUCAUCAGCAGAAUAGCAUUAUACAACGAUUACAAUUCGGAGUUUUACAUUCGUACACAUUCGGGAUAAAGUACGUCUCCCUAAAGGAAUGAAAACAUAACGUGAGCCAUACUCAGAUGGAAACAACAAUGAAAUUACCGUGUGGAUUUAACCUAGCUUACUGUAGUUCUUUCACUAAUGGCAAACGUUAUCGAUUGAUGCCAAAUAUUACCGACUGAAGCCGAACAUUACCGACUGAUGCCGAACAACACUGAAAGAUGCCAUCACCAGUUUUGUUAAUCUGGGUCGUGCUGACGGUGUUGAUUUCCGGCACGUGCACGUUCAGUUUCCUGCAACCUUAUUGGUUCGUACACAAGAACUCCUUUCAGUCUUUUGGGAUGAUCAGUUUUUGUUUCAAAGACAUCCAAACGUACAAAGUGCGCGAAGUGUGCAAGUUCUACGGUGGGAGUUUCAGUAUGGGGCGGGUACCAGUCAGGGCGUGGCAGGCGGCGUGCGUCCUGUUCGGAGGAGGGUGCGCACUAAUCAGUCUCAGUGCCUUUGUGUCUGUGUGUGUUAUCUGUCUUCCCAUUGGCUACCAGAAAACUACGACCAAACUCAUUGGAUAUAUCCAGAUAGUUGCAGUUUUAAUUAUGGUAGCUGGACUGCUUAUCUAUCCGCUUGGACUUGAAUCGUCGUUCUUCCGCCAUUACUGCGGGGACGGUGCUUCCUCCUACCACUCUGGACAAUGUAUGAUUGGCUGGAGUUACAUGCUUGGAAUUAUGGGAGCUGCGCUGUCUGUUUUUUGUCCAUUCCUGGCUCAGUUUACAGAUUUGAAACCCGGAGAUAUAUUUUUAACAAACUGAAGUUUUAUCUCGUGUGUUCUACAUGUUGUGAUAAUAAUACAUGUAUAUAUGUUGUUUGUUAUUAAAUAAAAUCAAUUAAUAUGU